GAGUUGCGUUCCUCAGAGUGUGUCCUUGCUAAAUCCGAGAUGGGGUACUGGGACCUACAAGAAGGCACAGACUGCGUCGAAAAAACAUGGAUAACUACCAAACUGGCCACAGCUUUGGGCCUGGUAGGUUCAGCCUAUCACAUAGUGGCAUACCAGCCUGAUUCUGCACUGGUGGCGUUACAGAGGGCAACCAACACAACUGUCACCAUGGCCACCAUGGGAGCCAUCUUUGGCAUGGCGACGUGUCUCACUGCUCAGGCUCGUGAAGCCCCAGAUGACCCGGUUAAUUACUUCGUUGGAGGCUGUGCCUCUGGGAUCUUCCUGGGAGCAAGAACACACAGUGCUAUGACUGGUACGACAGCGUGUCUUGGACUCGGGACUGUGGCAUUCUUUACGAAAGUGGGCAAGAUGGAGGGAUGGAAGAUAAUUGGACCCCCCAAACUAUGAGCAGGAUGCUCCAAGAGUGUUUGUUGUAAAAGAGUUAAUUUAAUAAAGGUCUUGUGAAAAUAAUA